AUGGAAGACGAAACGGACAGGUCGAAAGAGCAAAAGACCCGCCAUGCAUCAAACGAAGAACGGGCCAUACGAACACAGGUCCGUGAUGUAGUUCACGAUACAGAUUUAUUCAUUCCUCUAGUAGUGAUCGCUGUAUUGGCAGGCGUGUUCAUUGUAAUAGGCUGUCAUGCUUUGUUUUUCUUCAUAAAUAGAGGUAGAAAUGACCAAAAUUUGGGACACAAUAGACAGGACCUCCCAUUUUCCACUAGUGCCUUACAGGGCAAUCCGAUGUAUCCACAUGGAACCUCCCAGUCAGGGAGUAUACAGGCUAACCAAACAGACAACACGUACAAUGAAAUAAAUGACGAUGAAGUAUACGAUCCGUCGGGCCACUACUACAGUGAAAUAAAGGACCAGGACACAGGCGGUGGCAGAACAGCAGUACUACAUAGUGAUCAGCAAAACGGCAACACGUAUAACGAAAUAAAUGAAGAUGAAGUAUACGAUCCUUCGGGUCACUACUACAGUGAAAUAAAGGAUGAGGAUAUCAGAAAUGCCGGCAGAUCCGUGUUUAAGUCGGUUUGUCCACGCAAAUUUCACGAAAUCGAGGAGGAUCACUUUAACAAUGUCGCUGGACAAUCCACAAUGAACGGGACCUACGAAAACGACGAUGACGACUCUUUAGCCUCCUACAUGUAUGUUGAACAGGACUCACAAAGCGAGAACUUUGAGAACGACUCCCUGACUUCUUACGCUGGACAAACCUCUCCCCGGCCAGAAAGCUAUGAGGACAUGAACCCCUUUACUGUUAUAGAUGAAGUACGGUUGUCCGUGAUUGACGAUGUAAGUGACAACUCAGUACUUUACAAGAUAGGCACAAGGUCGGUAGCUUCUGUGAAGUGUAGAUUAGAGAGAUGUUCUCCCACGAAGUCCGCCGAUCAGGGGCAGACGACUUAUGGCAUGACUGACUGUACAGAAACGUCUAAUGACACAUACAUCUGCACACCUGCAACACAGGGUAAUGUCGCAACUGACGAUACUGAGAACGGUGACGAUACGGAAGAACACUCUCAGAGUAUUUCUGGUGCUGACGAACACUCUCAGAAUAUUUUUGGUACUGACGAACACUCUCAGAGUAUUUCUGGUACUGACGAACACUCUCAGAGUAUUUCUGGUACUGACGAGGAAGAUUCAGUAGAGGUAGAAUCGAUCUUGGAUGAAUGA